AUGCGAGAGAUUGAGAUUUUAUCAGAUCUAAUCACCAGAAAGACGACUCAUUUAAGUCCAAGCGAUGAUGAUAAAUUUACUGUGUUAAUGAAUGAACACAAAGUUCAAGUGAUUUCCACUGACAAGGGUUUCCUUUAUGAGUCUACUUACGAUGAUAUGGCACAGAAUUCUAUCCUUUCUCAAUAUCGAUAUGUUGCCUUCGAGUAUUGUGUAAAGAGUCCAUACACCACAUCUAGCGAUGAAGAAAAACCUCUUAAACUCUUCGAAUCCAACAAAGUCGACACCUCCGAAUUUUCGUUGUUCCCAAAACAAAAAUGUAUUAAACGGCUUACUAUCACCGUUGACUCAGCCAGCGAUCCACCAAAAACUAUACCUUCUUAUUAUGAUAUAUUAUGUUUUAAACCAAUAACGGAAGACGCUCUUAACUUUGUUUUAUCGAAAUGUACCUGUGAAGUGAUAACCUUUGAUUUCCAUUUGAAUAAAUUUCGAGUAACUGUUCGUAAUAUCCGAAAUGCCCGCCGCCUUGGGGUGUUUUUUGAGAUCAAUGUCUACCCAUUGCUCUCACAACCUCCACUGGAUGAAAGUAAUCGCCGUCAAUUCAUUGCACAAGCAACUGAUUUAGUCUUCUAUUCGAAAGGACGAAAUUUGAUCCUUUCAACAGGCGCUACUAUCCCAUCAGAGAUGAAAGGUCCAGAAGAUCUUAUAGCAAUCGGUAUGAGUUUUGGAUUGACUCGUUCCCAAGCCCACGACUCUAUAUUCAAGAACCCAAUGACUUCUUUGACCCGCGCAAGGAAGAGAGUCCCCUUCAAGUCGAUGGUUUCUUUUUAA